UGAUGCCUCUCGAAAGAGCUCUUUUGGUUUAUGAAAUCAUACCUUUAUUACUCAUCAACAAAUAUGGCGACCACAAACGGAAUUGCUUCAAGCCCAACUGGAAGUCAGAAUGCAGCGAAUUCUGGAAGCAGAAGAAAUCAGGUCCUCAUCAAAUUAUAACUGUCUUGAGAAGGUUUAUUUUAAUAUGCGAAUUAUUAUAAAAACUUACUUUCCAUUUCUAGCUAUUAACUCUUUCUCUCCGGAAUUAAUUUCCGUGUUCUGACAGAAUAAUCAAUUUUGCCCAUUUGUUACCUACUACUAUGAUAUCUAUAAACCAUCAUAACUUUUUUGUUUUUCAUCAGAAAAUGUUAAGUUUGGUGUGGAAUUAAAGAGGAAUGCAUGCUCUUUGCAAACAAUACAGACUUUGGUUUAAAUUUUAAUAUAUAAAUGUGAUAAUGAAUAAGAUUUAAGGAAAAUAAACAUUUUGAUAACUUGAGAAAUCUCCCGGGUUUCUGCCAUCUUGGUUGACACAACCCGUUAAUUCUGUCACUAAACCUAAACUAAAUGUAUCCCUAUGCCUAACCUGAACCCUAAAUUGAUCCGUAUGCCUAACCUGAACCCUAAAUCGAUCCCUAUGCCUAACCUGAACCCUAAAUCGAUCCCUAUGCCUAACCUGAACCCUAAAUCGAUCCCUAUGCCUAACCUGAACCCUGAAUCGAUCCCUAUGCCUAACCUGAACCGUAAAUCGAUCCCUCAACUUAACCCAAACCCUAAUUCACUGCAACUAUAAUAAACAUGCAAAUGACGGGCAGGGGAUGAUACUCAACAUUAACCCCAAUGUGUAAUAAAAAUUUGUUUUUUUCUGAACUAUAUCCAUGUGUGCAUCACAAAUAAUAAAGAUCAACUUAAAAAAAAGAACAAAAUUAAACACUAGAGCACAUUAUCCAUUGUCACCGCCACACAAAAUAUUUCCCAAAAAACUAUUUCCACUGGAAACAAUCUGUUGCUAUUAGAAAAUAUUUGCAUUGUAUCCUUGUAUGUACUAACAUUUAUUAUGAUAAAUGGAAAAUUUACCAUAAAUUUGGUAUAUCUUUUCAUCUGGGUUUAGCUAUGGUAAGGCUGAAAACAAUCCAUAUGGAUAUGCGGACUUGACUCACAUCCAGUACAAACAUAUGCUAUACCAGUACAGUUUGUCCUGUUCUAUGUUUGCACACUGUCCUUUUUGGAGCUAAUAGGCAAAUGUUUCGCUCUGAUAAGUCUUGUUGGAGUGUUGAUUUUAAUUUUGUAGGAAGCAUACUCAUUUAUUGAGAGUGCAAGCUUGUGAAUAAUAUGUGUCAGCAAAGUAAAAAAAAACAACCAGUCAGUGUCAUUUGACUAUCUAUUCACAAUACAAGCUCCAAAUUUACACCUAUAAAUAUAUAUAUAUAUAACAAUUGAUUUAAAAUUUAACGCAAGCAUAUAAUUAGUUCAAAUUCAAUAAACAAGUUAAUUUUUUUUUCUUUGUCAGGAUCAUUAUGUUAAUAAUAUUUUUCUUCUCUUAAAACAUUUUUAUUAGGUUAUGGUUGGUGAAUUGCCCAAUGAUUUCUUACGUACUGGUCCACAAUUAACUCAAGAGCAGGAAGAUGAAAGAAUUGCAAGAAUUUUACAAGCACAGCAACAAGCAGGUGUAAAUGUUGUCUCUGCAGCUAGCUUUGUUGGAAGAUUGAGUAUUUCUGUUGUUCAGGUAAUAAUGUCAUUGUCUAUAAUUAUAUUAGGAAAUUAAUGCUAAAUAAUUUUAGACGGUAGUAACUUAUUAUUUAGUCAUUUAUCCAUAAUAAUACCUUGAGAUUGAGUGGAUGGUAUUUAAAAAAAAAUAGUUUUAGCUUUGUUACCAGUAUAAUAAUUAUUUUGUCUUCUGAUUUUCAGGCAAAGCUCAUAAAGAACUAUGGCAUAACAAAAAUGGAUCCAUAUUGUCGCGUACGCAUAGGUCACACUGUGUUUGAGACUCCGACAGCCUACAAUGGAGCUAGAAAUCCAAGAUGGAAUAAAACUGUGACAACGUAAGAUUUAAAAAAAAAAUGGUUAAUUAGGCUUGACUAAACACUUGAAAAGGCUUGCUAACUGUAGAAUGUUAAAACAUAUUUGUGUAAUGUUUAAAUUGGUUAGUUUAUAAUUUUUAUUUCAUGAAAUUUUCUGUAUAUUUUUGUCAAUUUGAAUUAUAUGGUACACUUGGUAAGCCUUACUUUACUCUAUGUCAUUCAUCUUUUUAGGGGAAAGAGUGCGCUUCCAUUUGCUCAUGCACUGGAAAGUUCUCUGUCCUGUGUAAGCUAAACAGUCCUGAAAUAUAAAUAUUUUAUUUUAAAAAUUUACAUUGUAACUUUGUCUUUUCUUCUUAGUUAUUUGCCUUUCGGGGUUGACUCAAUGUAUUUGGAGGUAUUUGAUGAGGUAAGGCAUUAAUAUUUAAUUUAUUCCCAUCUGUCACCGGACUCGCAUUGAGUAAAUGUGACGUUCAUGGUUAAGGAAAUAAAGUGCAAUGAAAUAUCCCCCCCCCCCAAGUCUAUCAGCACAUUGAACCGAUGCGAAAAAACAAAUAUAUAACUAAAACUAUUUAUAUGUUUAUAUUAUAUAUAUAUAUAUGGAAAGAAGAUGAAAACUCUUAGCUUUCCUUAUUAAAAUGACACCAUUACAGAAGUCUCAGAUAAUGUAUUCUUUGAUUGCUAGUGGUCUGUGAGGAUGCAUUUGGGUGCUUCCUUUUGGGACCCCCAAAUAAUAUAUUAUUUAGUCAUGACUGAUUGAUAAUAAAUACAACUGAAUAGCUAAAUUAUUAUAUAAUCCUUAUUGUUUAGCUUCGGUCCUUCCUCUUGCUCCUUCCUCAAUGUCUGCCUCAUUAACCUAGUGCUGAAAUGAUCAGUCAAUGACAUGCUUCUUAAUGGGAACAAAUUAUUUUCAAGCGAUCUUUCACAAUGGAUGACCGCAUUGCAUGGGCACACAUCAAUAUCCCGGAAGCAGUGAUGACUGGAGAGACUCUGGAUGAAUGGUUUCCUCUUAGUGGCAGACAGGGUGAUGACAAGGAGGGUUCAAUAAAUUUAGUUUUGUCACUGACAGUAAGUUCCCUUUUUUAAACAGCGCUGCUAAUUAUCCAUUUUUUUUUUCAACAUAUGUAUUUUGCUUGUCUACACAUAAAAGAAUUUAUUUCAUAGAAAAUAAUUCAGUAUAACCAAAAUCUAUUCCUUUCUAUUAUUUUAAAAAAUUUUUGCUUUUAAAUGUUGUAUUGUUUUUGGAGGAAUCUUUUUUCAUUUUUCUAAAACUGUCAAAGUUAUCACUCUUGAAUAUCUUGUGUUAUAUAAUUUGUAUGAUAACUGUGCCACAAGAAAUCACUCUUGAAUAUAUUCAGCUAUAUUUGUAUGAGAACUGUGCCACUAGAUAUCACUUUUGAAUAUCUCGUGCUAUAUUUAUAACAGAACUGUGCCACUAGCUCUUGAAUAUUUUGCAUUAUAUUUUUAUGAGAACUGUGCCACUAGAAAUCACUCUUGAAUAUCUUCUGCUAUAUUUGUAUGAGAACUGUGCCAUUAGAUAUCACUUUUGACUAUCUUGUGCUCAUGGGCGCCCGCAGGUAGGGGCAAGGGGGGGGGGCACUUGCCACCACCCCCCCACCCCCCUGGAUUGAUUGGAUAAAAAUUUUUUAGACAAAAAUUAGACGAAAAAUUGAUUAAAGUUAAGAGAAAAUAAAGAGAAAGUAACUAAGCUGAUGUCCUGUCCAUUCGUUCACCAUACAAAUACGCUACAGUAAAUUAAAACUAUAUUAAAACAUUACUUAAAAAAUUUUGCCCCCCCUGGAAAGUUAAUCGAUUUUUUAAAAAAAUUUUCCCCCCCCGGAAAAAUUAUUCUUUUUUUUUCCCCCCCCCCCCCCCCCAGAAAGUUUUCUGCGGGCGCCCAUGCUUGUGCUAUAUUUAUAACAGAACUAUGCCACUAGCUCUUGAAUAUCUUGUGUUACAUUUUUUUAGCAGGCUCCUGUUGAGAACAAUGUGAUUAGCUAUACCUACACCACCCCUGUGCCUAUGAUGAUGCCUAUGUACUACCCACCUCAACCUCAAGGCACAAUAGGCUACCCACCACAACCUCAAGGUACAAUAGGGCUCAUUAUUUUGAAGUUCUAUACAUGAAUGCAAAUUAAUACUGGUACCCUACAAAGAAUCAGAGAUUCAAAAACCACAAAAAAUGUUUGAAGUACACUUCGAUGCAGAGAUGGCUUACCAAAUUAAAGCUUUAGCUUGCUUGUGUCAGAGCUUGUGAAUUAUGCAAUUUCUUGAUCUUCUUAAAACUUAGAAUAAUAAUUAUUUUCAUUCAUCUAAGUACACUGGUACCAACAAUAACUCUUUCAUAAUUGAAAGUUAUUUUUUUGUUCUCUCCGCAUAACAAUUUUGUCUUCAACUUCAUCCUUUUCACAGCUGUUGUUAAUGUAUAACACAAGUUGUUCUUUUGGGAUUCAUGGCCAUGCGCACAUUCACAAAAAAAAUUAUUUAUAAGACCUUAAGUGCAUAAAAUAAAAUAACAACUUUUUUAAACCAGGUGUACUGUAGGUUAAUAACUAUUUUAAAUAUGCUUUCGCUCUCCCUCAGCCGGGUGUAUUGUAGUUUAUUCCCUAUUUUUGAUAAGCAUCCCCCCUCAGCCACAACUUUACAGUGUUGAUUCACCUCUAUUCAGUAAUUAAUAUUUCAUAGACUAAUUAGCUCAGCUUUCUUUCAGUGAUGGGACCUAUGCCAGGUGGCCAAAUACCUGUCUAUCCCCCCCAACAACCUCAGGGUCCCAUGUAUACAGAAGAAGAUUUAAAACAGGUAACUUAUUAUUUCUACAAAUUUCAAAGGUGCACACUUAAAUUGGGCUUUCAAUGAAAAAGAUUUUUUUUUUCCUGUAUUAAUUUACAAUUGUUACUAAUCAUUUUUAAAAAAUGAAAAUGUUAUCAAAGUUACAAGGAUAGUUAGAUUGGUUGGUUUGGGUUACGGUUACAAGGAUAGUGAGAUAGGUUGCGUUCGUAGAGUGUGUAAUAGUCUAAAGAAAACUAACAUCCAAGUAUAAUUAUUUUUGUCCUGACAGGUGAAGGAUAUGUUUCCUAAUAUGGAAGAUGAAGUGAUCAAAUCUGUGUUGGAGGCAAACAGGGGAAACAAAGAUGCAACUAUCAACUCCUUGCUGUCAAUGAGUACUGAGUAAGGUGUUGCCACCUGCGUCAACAAUGUCAAUACAUUACCGAGCCCAAAGGUGUUGCCUGUAUCCUGAUUCCAAAUUUUUUUUUAAAAACAAAAUUCAAACAUGCAAAAUACUCUUGAGAUUUACUUUUAUGAAAUUAAGCAUUGUUUUUAUAUAUAUGCUUUCCACACAGAAAUGUAUAAAAUUUAAGUUUUAAUGCUUCAAUAUAUUUAAAAAGUAUGUUGAAAAUAUGCAUAAUUAUGUUUUGAAAUGGAAUACCAUAUUCCAUAUCAAAUCCAUCAUUCAUUUUGAGUACUUUGGCUGAGUGUAGUGUUUCACACCUCCAAAUUUGUUUUAGCAGUUGAUUCAAAAUUAAACUAUUUCCUUUUUUUUUUCUUCAACUCUAUUUACUUAAUUAUUAAAUUAGUAUACUGGGAGGGUAAUCAAGUCAUUUACAGGGAGAUAUGAUAUACAGAUUAACUAGUGGUAUCUGUAUUUUCAGCAACUUUGCAGAAUAUAUUAUUAUUGAAAGGAAAGUAAGGGUUGCUCUCUGUUUUCAAUUCUUGAUAUAAUUGUUUUCUUGUUUGCUUUUACUAUUUUUGCAGACUUUUUUUUUUCUUUAUUGAAUAUUAUUUCAAAUUAGUGUAGUAAAUAAUGUAUAUUAUCUCCUUUGAAACCUGACUGAUUUUACUCCCUGUUUAUUCCUAAAAUAGAUUGCAAUAAGUAAUUCGUUUUAAAUUUCAUUUGAUUUCUCAGUCAUUUCUUUUAUUAAGUUCGGAGGUGUAGUGGACAAAAUUUUACAGAUCAAAAAGUGAAUUGUUAAAAUGUCCUACAUUAAGGUACACAACUCUGUAAUGAGUAAGAUGUAUUAUCAAUUUUUUUAUGUAUGCAUUAUUUUUUUUUUUUUACCAACUGGCAUGAAAUCAGUUUCAAUUGUUAUUUUUCCAGAUUCCUAACCUUAAAUAUUUUACUAUCUGCUUCUUUGCUCUUUAUUUGCACAAAGAAUAACACAUGCUAAUUAAAUGUUGUUAAAAUUUAGCAGCAACUAAAGCAUUUAAUGUUAAGAGCAACCAGACUUAAGAGAAUAGUUCUAAAUCAGUUUAAGCCUGAACACUGCUUUGAUUAAUUUUUUUGUUCCUUUUAGAUAUAAUAUGAGCACUCAACAUAAAAUACCUAAAAAUAGCAUCUUCAUUGAGAAAUUCUGAAAUCUGUAUGCCACUUUUCAAUAAAUUUAAAUGAAAGUCAUUCUCUGAAGUAUUUAGUCCACAGCAAUAUUUAAAAGUUUGAUGGUAAUCAGUAUACAUUUUUAUUGGAAAUUUUAUGAUUUAAAAAAAUAAUAAUAAAAUUGUAACCAAAUUUACAAAAGCAUAAAUUUUUAUUUUUUCCACUGAAGGAUGCCAUAACAAAUUAUACAUAUAUUAUUUGUAGCCCUCACUUUCAUUUUGGAAAAUAAUGGAAUGAAGGGUCCCCAUGUAAAAAUAUAAUUCAGUUGUUUCUGAACAGUGAUAUUUCAUUUAAUAUCUGUUAUUGCAAACAUUAAAAUAAAACAGUAAUAAAUUAUGUUCAGUUGAAAUUUCUAUGGUCUCCCUACGGUUGUGUAAACAUUGUAAUAUUCUCAAAGGAUUUCAAUUGUGAUAAACUAUCUCUUUUCAUAGUCCAUUUUCUAUGUGUUACUGCAUGCUGUAUGUUUGUUCAGUGUUUACUGAAGUCGCUGUAAUGUCUUGAUGAGGAUAAAUUAUACUGGAAAUUAUUAUUUUAUAGCUUUAUGAUGGUCAAAUUGAGCUUAAAGGUUGUAAUAGUGAAUAGUCAGCUUCAGCUUCAUUCAUGAUCCCUUCCUGUAUUUCAAAAUUUUCUUUAGUUUUGUAUUAGCUCCAAGAAUCUUGAGCUCUUUCAUCUCUACCAGAGAUCUGUGUUGGGAAAUUUAUACAUUUUACAUUAUUCUUUUAACUAGACUGGAGGGUCUUGAAAAAAUAAGUGACUUUAUAAUUUAUAACACCAUUUUGUUACUUUAUCUUUUUAAUUCUCACUUCAAAUCCCGUAACUCGUUAUUCCAAAGUCAUAGUAAAAAUACUUACUUUAAGGUUUUUUAAAUCUCGUUUUAAUUAUCCCGUUCUACUUGAUGUUCUUUGAAAUUGUUUUCAUUGUUUAAAAUAUUGUGUCUCUAUUAUUUUAGCGGUACUUUCUUUGAGUGCAACUUUUCUUUAUCGGAUCACAGCUCCAACAGAUGAAAAAAAAAAACAUGUUUGUAAAUACACAUUCUGUAUAAGCUCCACCGAAACUAAUAUAAUAAGCUCUAAUAUAAUGUAUUUUCUUGGCUUGGUUCUUGUUUAUUUUAUUUUUAAAAAGCCACCAGGUAAAUAAAGUAUUUACAUAAGAACAGAAUCAGUUUUAUUUUUUUGCUUCUGUGUGACUAAAUUUACUUUUUGUCUUAGAAAAAAUGUGUUUACAUGUAUGCAUAUCUCUUGUCAUGUUCUGCUAGAACAUUUAUAGUGACAUAGUUCAAAUAAACAAGCAUCAGGUGGGGGGACACCAAAUGUAUUAUAGUUUUAGUCCAUUUGGCGUCAUCAAGUAAUCUUGACUAGGACAUUGAAUCCCACUGAUUAGGACAUUUAAUCCCACCUUGAGACAUUUAAUUUUGAUUAAUUAAUUUAUUGGCUAUGUGUAUAAUCCUAUAUUUUAUUACAGUGGUCUUAUAUACCAUAUUUAUCUAGACCAAGGAUCUCAGGACAAAUUGAUGGUCCUUGGACAGCCACAUUAUUAUGCAUGGUCUUUUAUUAAAAUAUGUCAAAUGAAGGACUUUGACUGGCUUCAAGAGAGAGAGAGCUUGAAGCCCCCUGAUCUAUAUCACUUGGUGACAUUAAAGUGAUUCCGAGAGAAUAUUUCCAUUUUGUUUUAUUUUCUAACUUAAAAUAUUUUAUCAUUUAGGUCAUAUUCCACUAAGAAAUUAAAUUUUGUGGCGUCUAAUAAAUGUGCUUUAUAAAUCGUACAGUUAUUUUAUGAAUGUAUAUUGCUUUUGAUCAUGUUUAUUUAUGCAAUAUGAGAACAUGGUAAAACUCUGUAUGACAAAUUAAAUGUAAACUUGUUUC